AGCACGGAUCUUUUAUGACGUAGAACCGCUCAUGCACAUGUGUAAACGUAAACAAGGAGCUGGGCAUUUUCUAGGAAGUGUAACUCUAUAACAUCUUCAGUGUUGUGUUACCGUCCAGUCAUAGGUUAAUAAUAUUUUGUAUUUAUUAAAAAAGGAGCUUGUGUGUAAAUAUUAAAGAAUAAAAAUGGCGUCAUCAGAGGUUCAACACGACAGCGACGACGGCAUGGAGGAGCUGAUGGACAAAUUCAAGAGUCAGAGGUAUAAAAAUGCUUUCAGCGAGAAGAACUGGGAAGACGAGUUUAAUAAAGUUCCCAUGUUCAUGAAAACUGCCCCUGAAGAGAUUGACCCUCAACAAUACCCUGAACUAGCCUGUCUUCAGGCCAUCAUCCACGAUGAAGACAGACCCCCAGCUGAGCAAGCAGAGAGCAUGAAAGAUGAGGGAAACGAGUUUUUCAAGGAGAAGAACUACGCAAAGGCGAUCGUGUCCUACACGGCGGGUUUGAAGAAGAAAAGCGGCGAUCAGGAGCUCGACGCAGUUCUCCUCACCAACCGGGCAGCAGCACACUUCUACCUGGGUAACAUGCGAUCUGCAUUCAAUGAUGCUACAGCUGCGAAGAAGAUCAAACCAGAUCAUCUUAAAGCUUUGAUCAGAGGUGUUCAGUGUUGUAUCAAGCUGCGAAACUUUGCAGAGGCGCUCCAGUGGUGUGAUGAGGGGCUUAAGGCCCAUCCCACAGACAAGAAGCUUCUGGAGCUGAGAGCAGAAGCAGAUAAACACAAGAGAGCAGCAGAAAGAGAUGCCAGGAAGGCCAAGGCCAAAGAAAAGAAGUUGCACGGUGUGAAAGAAACUCUUCUGGCUGCUAUAACGGGUCGUGGCAUUAAGCUCCUGCAGCCGGUGAAGCCUCGUCAGCGUGCUUCAGACAGUGAGGACGAGGACGAAGGCUCCUCUGCAGCGAUAGCACAGCUCAGUGUGGACGGCCUCAGCUCUCAGGAGGUGAUGGGGGCUCAGGUGUUCCUGGAUGAGAAGGGCUCCCUGCACUGGCCCGUUCUCUUCCUCUAUCCAGAACACCAGCAGAGUGACUUCAUCUCUGCCUUCUGUGAGAACAGCUGUUUUAUGGAUCACAUCGCGGUCAUGUUUGGAGAGGAACUUCCACCUUGGGAUGCGGACAGAAAAUACCACCCGCAAAACCUUCAGCUGUACUUUGAAGAUGAAAAGACGGAGACACUCUACCAAGUCAACCCACAGACGUCGCUUUUGAAAGUGCUGCAGCAUAAAAGGUUUUUUGUCAAAGGAGGAACUCCGAGCUUCAUCGUUGUGGUGAACGGCUCACCUUUCACCAAACAGUUUUUAACAGGAAAGAAAACACAAGAACUGUAAAAACACAGGUCUCCAAAAAUCCUGAACUUUGGAAACACCAGAAGACUCACUUUGUUCUUGAAAAAGAGACACCGGCAAGGCAAGCAUGUAUGUCUGUCUUUGCAGAGAGCAGUGCAUGCUGUUCUACAUUAAAUAUAAGUGUAAAUGGUUACAACAUGGACCAUCGUGGAUUUGUUGUUUUUUAUUGACAAAAAAAUAAAUUCCAGAUUUAAAACAGAAGGAUUUUUUUACUGAAGUGCUUAAUCAGAGAAACUGAAAUGACCAGAAAUCAAUUAAAGAGAUAAAAUCUACAAACUGAAUGUU